UCGAGUGUUUUGCUUUUAAUUUUGUCGUGUGUGACCCGCCAGGAGUAAAAGAGCAGUAAUAAUGUGGAAGCCACGUCUGCAGCAGCAGGUGGGGCCUGCUCUCCAGGCUUAUUGCUAAACAUGCUGCGGCAGCCAGAUCCCAACAGCAGUAAACUGAACUUGGUCACCACAGAAAUGAGUGACAUAGCAGUGGAAAGCCUGGACACCCGAGAGCUGGGUUUCGGUGAUGGGGAGGAGGUGGACUUUGAUGCCAACGAGUCCAAUCGCACAGGAGACUCCCGUAUCCUGUUCUCGGCUGUGUAUAACACCGUGGGUUUUAAAGAAGCAGAUGCCACAGUCUACCUGGACACUGUACCUAUCACAGCCAAAAUCCUGGAGGUGGAGCGUUUUGCUGCUGCUCAGGAUCGCUUUAGUAAAAGGACGGUUUUUAAGAUCGAGCUGAGGCAUGGGAAUUUCACGUGGGAGGUGAAACGGAAGGAGAAACACUUCCUGGAGCUGCACAGGGAACUCCUCCGGUAUAAAACCUUCAUGAGGAUCCCUCUGCCCAGCCGCAGUCACACGGUGAGGAGGAAGAGCAUGAAGAGAAGCGAAGUGAGGCAGAUGCCCAGGCUUCCACGAGGAGGAGGAGAUGAGCUGGCCAGAGAGGAGCAGGUGUCCAGCAGAAGGAAACAAUUGGAGGAUUAUCUGAACAAACUGUUGAGGAUGUCAAUGUACCGCAAGUACCAUGCAACGAUGGAGUUUAUUGAUGUGAGCCAGAUGUCUUUUAUUCAUGACUUGGGACCUAAAGGCUUAGAAGGCAUGGUCCAGAAAAGGUCAGGAGGUCAUCGUAUUCCAGGGAUGAACUGCUGCGGUCAGAGCAAGGUCUGCUACCACUGGUCUAAGAGGUGGCUGGUGGUUAAGGACUCUUUCCUGCUAUAUAUGAAACCAGACACAGGGGCCAUUUCUUUUGUCUUGCUGGUGGACAAAGAGUUCACAAUCAAAAUGGACUCCAAAGACACAGAAACGAAGCAUGGGGUGAGAAUCGACAGCCUGUCCAGGACGUUGGUGUUGAAGUGCAGCAGUUACAGGCAUGCACGUUGGUGGGGUCAGGCCAUUGAAAAUUUCGUUCGCAGACAUGGCAAAGCUUUCUUGAGGGACCACCGCUUUGGGUCCUUUGCUCGAGAAGAGGAGAACAUCCCAGCUAAAUGGUAUGUGAAUGGCAAAACAUACAUGGAAGAUUUAGCUGAUGCCUUAGAGGAAGCCAAAGAAGAGAUCUUUAUCACAGACUGGUGGUUGAGUCCAGAGAUCUUCUUGAAGAGGCCAGUGGUUGAGGGUAACCGCUGGCGACUAGAUUGUCUCCUCAAACGCAAAGCACAACAAGGAGUACGGAUCUUUGUCAUGCUGUACAAAGAAGUGGAGCUGGCACUUGGCAUCAACAGUGAAUAUAGCAAGAGAACACUAAUGCACCUUCACCACAACAUCAAAGUAAUGAGACAUCCUGACCACGUUUCAUCCUCAGUUUACCUCUGGGCACAUCACGAGAAGAUUGUGGUUAUCGACCAAUCGGUGGCCUUCGUUGGGGGCAUUGAUCUGGCAUACGGGCGCUGGGAUGACUGGGAGCAUCGGCUGACAGAUGUUGGGAGUGUGACCCGCUCUGUGGCUCAGGCCCUGGAGCAGUCAGGCAGUGCAGUCCCAAUCUCUGAUAAGGGCAUUUCUUCCGCUGACGGCCCUGCCCAAAGCAACGGGAAGAGAUCCGCAGAAGCUGACCCCGUAGACCUCCCAAAGCUGAAGGGCGUCGGCCGCACUCGCAAGGCCCGUUUCAGCCUGUACCGCCACCUCCACAAACACAGCGUCCAUCAUACAGAUAGCGUGAACAGCUUGGACAGCACAGACGAGAGGAGCGGCUCUGUGCGUAGCCUACAGACGGGUGUAGGAGAACUGCAGGGGAAUACACGUUUCUGGCAUGGGAAGGACUACUGUAACUUUGUCUACAAAGACUGGGUUCAGCUGGAUAAGCCUUUUGAUGAUUUUAUUGACAGGUAUACAACUCCCAGAAUGCCCUGGCAUGACAUAGCUUCAGUGGUUCAUGGAAAAGCUGCCAGAGAUGUAGCGAGACACUUCAUCCAGCGCUGGAAUUUCACAAAGAUCAUGAAGCCAAAGUACAGGUCACUCUCCUACCCUUUCCUGCUGCCCAAAUCUCACAGCACAGCCAAUGAGCUGAGAUACCAAGUGCCUGACUGCGUACAUGCUAAAGUACAGAUUCUGCGCUCAUCUGCUGAUUGGUCGGCAGGUAUAAAAUACCAUGAGGAGUCCAUCCACAAUGCCUACAUUCAGGUCAUUGCCAAGAGCAAGCACUUCAUCUACAUUGAGAACCAGUUUUUCAUCAGCUGUUGUGAUAACAGACAGGUUUAUAAUAAGAUAGGAGAUGCUCUUAUAGAGAGGAUCAUCCGGGCUCAUAAAGAGAAUAAGAAGUUCCGUGUCUACGUGGUGACUCCCUUGCUGCCGGGGUUUGAGGGAGACAUCACCACAGGAGGUGGCAAUGCCAUCCAGGCUGUCAUGCAUUUCAACUACAGAACCAUGAACAGGGGAGAACACUCCAUAAUCUCCCAGCUGAAGAAAGAAAUGGAUGACCAGUGGAUGAACUACAUCUCUUUCGGGGGGUUAAGGACUCACGCUGAGCUAGAGGGACGCCUGGUGACCGAACUCAUCUACGUCCACAGCAAGAUGCUCAUCGCCGAUGAUAACACGGUCAUCAUCGGAUCAGCCAACAUCAAUGACCGUAGUAUGCUCGGGAAGAGGGACAGUGAGGUGGCUGUGAUUGUGGAGGACUCAGAGACUGUGUCCUCAGUCAUGGAUGGACAGGAGUACCAGGCUGGAAAGUUUGCAUUACAGCUGAGGCUGGAGUGCUUUAAGACUAUCCUUGGUGCCUUUUCUGACCCCAGCAUUGACGUGACUGAUCCUAUCAGUGAUCGAUUCUACAAAGAAGUCUGGAUUUCCACAGCUGGCAGAAAUGCAACAAUCUAUGAGAAGGUGUUCCGCUGCUUGCCUACCAGCCUGGUGAGGAACAAGCAGGAGCUGCUAGAUUACCAGUCCAAACCAGGACUGGACAAAGAAGACCCAGUACGAGCCCAGGAACAUCUGAAGAAGAUCAGGGGUUUCCUGGUGCAGUUCCCCCUGGAAUUCCUCAGCGAGGAGAACCUCAUGCCCUCAGUCGGCACCAAAGAGGCUAUGGUGCCUACCGAAAUCUGGACAUGAGGCCGAUACCAGCACCACCUGCACCCAGAACUGCAGGUCACUCAGACAGCUAUUUACAGUUGCACAU